UAAUACUGAACCCUGCAACCAACCCAAUCUACCCUGUUUCCUCCUCCCCGCCUUCGCAACCACCACCGCCGCGUUCUCCAUGGAGGAGUUCGACGGCAGUGCCGCCGAAGGAAGAGAUGACGUUCACCUCCUCCACCGAGAUGCCCUCGACUCCUUCGACGAGGUUAAGCAGCGCGCCUACAGUUUCGACGGCCGCGGCCACUGCUCCACCCGGGGUUGGGACCUCUCCGCCGCGACCUCCACCGCAGGCGACGGCUUCUAUUGGUUCCACGUCGAGCUUCCUCGAGGCAACGGAGCUUCCCACCACCACCGCCUCGCGCUGUCGGCGCAAUCGUUAAUCCACGCGCUCUGCCCGCCGCUCAAGCUCCAGGACAUUCUCGCGCUCUCCAGCAACGGGCCUUUCUGCAGCCACGUCGACGGCGCGCUAGUUUUCCGAGUCAACUCCCCCGGCCCCGCUUCCUCCGCCUUCACCCUCCGCCUCGCGGCGCGCCUCACCGAGUCAUCCCUCAUCACCGUAGCCCUCGGCCGCGUGCCGCGCCUAGGGUUUUCCCCCGCCUCCGCCCGGUCCCUCCUUUCGGAGAUCCCAAAGGUGGAGCGGGAUCCGGGCGGCAACGAAGAUAGCGGGGGUGGCGUGACGAUUCCGGCCCACGUCCUUGAGUUCUUGUUGACGAUGAACCACUCGGAGGAGGGCGACAACCCGGUGCCCCUGAGCAUGUCCAAUCUGCUGGUGCACGUCGUUGACACGCAUGUGGAUCAUCUGCAGGACAUCGUAGCAGGGCUCGAGAAGGAAUUGGACGCCGUCGAGCUGGAAUUGGAUUCAGGUGGCUCCUUGUUGAAGAAACAAAUGUUGGACGACCGGAGAUUCCCCAAAAUGCAUCUCGACUUGCAACGUCUUCUACAGGCAGUUUCUCACGGUGAGCAAGUUUUCCCUCGCGUAAAAGAGAAAUGUGCCACUAAACCUUGGUUCUCUAGUGAAGAUGUCAUUGCUCUUGAAGAGCUGAUCGGUCGCCUUCGCAGGCUAAAGGAGAACUUGGGGUUCAUUGUGAAUCGUGUUACCGCUGUCCAAGCAGGUCUUGAUAGUUGGCAGGCUGAGCAAAUAAACAAAAGACUAUACUACCUUUCGUUCCUCUCGAUAAUCUUUCUUCCAUUGUCUGUAUUAACCGGAAUAUUCGGGAUGAAUGUAGGAGGUGUUCCAUGGACUGCACAAAAGGACCCUCAAAUUGAGGAUGGCUUUCUGAAUGUUAUGAUCCUUUGCAUUGUGCUACUAGUUUGUCUACUACUGUGCUUCAUGUUUCCAACUCUUUAUGCAAGAAUAUUAAUUUGGCGAAAGAAGCAUUCGUUGAAACGGAAAUGGUCUUUCAAAGGGAAGUCAUAUUUACAAGGACAUUCUUCAAGUGAAAUUUUGACAAACGGAGUGGAGAAGAGCAAUUCCUUGCCAGUUUAAUUGAGAAGAAAGAUCAAUGAGACUUGCAGUUAAAAACAAAAUACAGCAAAGAUCAUUGGAAGAAUAUUUAUUCGAUUUUUUUUUCCUGCUAAAGGAAUUUCUUGGGAGGGAAAUGAUCACAUUCAUAAGCUGUGGAUUUGUAAACUGUGGAACCCUUAAUUUGAUGAAAUUUGUGUAACUUAAGAUUUGUGUGCAGAAUGUCUAUAUGAGCAAACUAAUUGUUGUUCUUUCAAUUGUAUUCA